UUGAAGAAAGAGUUGACGUCCUGGGCCUCGAAUUGCGGCUGCGACGAUGUCGUCACGGCCAUGUCUUGCAUGGGCGCAUCCUGUGCCGCCUGCUCCGGUGUCUUGCGACCAGUGAAAGAGUCCCAGAUGCCCAUGUUGGUGCUUGUGAUGUGUCGGGUGGAAGAGCGGUUGUGUUGAUUGACUGGUCGCGCUCACGGCGGCGACGGCUGUCUGAUGAAACGAUUUUUUGGUCAAGCUUCAGCGACCCGCGGAACUUACCACUUCCAUCCAGAUCCAUGCCAAGUCCCUGCUUGGUCUGGUAUACCACUCUUCUGGACCAUCAUCAUCUCAUCACCUCUGCCCUACAAUCCUGCACGUCCAAUACACAGACAAGUUAUUCAAUACCAGCCAUAAACGACCUCCCACGUUCAUUCCCCAAUCAGACUAUCUUCGUUGUACCGCUAUCUCCCCCUCGAAGGCGCUCUGCUCUACAACCUGUACUUGUCCUGCGUCUAGUCGAUCAUCUCAGCUCUGCUCGUCCAGUCCAACCACUCAAGUCCACCGACGGACGCUCUCUACUCCGUCGAGGCUUGAGACAUGGCUGUCCGGAGAGUACCUCUUGCCCUUCUGCAGACCCUGACAUCCAGCACGCACGAUGUUUGCGACUCUUUACCAGCAGUCUCUUUGGCGCUUCGAGAUAUUUACUUUCCUCAUACUUGUCUGCGCGUUGUCUCGCCACCUGAAUAUUCACACGCGACGACGACACUGGAUAUACAAACAC